AUGGAAGAUACAAAAAAAAAUAACGGCAAUACUGUUUUCAUCUCACCAGCACGUCCAGAAACGCCAAAUCACAUUGCAACAUGUAAUCCCCUACAGUUAGUAGAUAACGUAGGAAAUACGAAUUCUACUACUACGACCCCUACAGCGCCUUUAAAAUCUCCAUUCGACGACAUGAAAACUCCGCGCAAGUCAGAAAAACCUCUAACCGAGGAAACACGAAAGUUAUUUUUGACGCCGGAAAAAUUGGCUAGCAUUAAACGCGCUCAAUUGCAGAGAUAUUGUAAACGUUAUGGGAUAAAAGCUAACUUAAAGAAUACGGAAUUGAUCAAAAAAUUACAAGAAUAUGCAUUAAACCAUCAGAGUCAACAAAAUGAAAAUGACUUUUCGUCCUUUAAUAUUGCCUCUCUUUCUCCACUUCCGCCACCAUCCUUUUCAAUGGAUGCUGAUUCCCCCAAGAUUUCUUCUGAAAAUAUUGGCCAAGCAUUUCGAGAAAUACUAGCAUCCAAAGACGAUACUUCUAUAGAAAACGACGAGGGAAAGACAAUAGCAUCACCAGACAAAAAGAUGUCGCCGCUUAAUAUAAGAACCCAAAUAGAAAACAAGCAAUCCUUUAUCCCAUUACUUUCCCCUAGAAUAUCAAAUUUCAUGGCGCGUAAAAUUGCAACACCAAUCAAAAAGCCGCAUUUGAAUAGUCAAAAUCUCUCAAGUGAAAAAACACCGAUUUAUGACGAAGAAUCCCCUUUGAUUGAUCAUCCUGCGUCAUCUAAUUCUGAUAUUCAAGCAAUUAAUGAAACUAAGAGAAAUGCGCCAUUAUCAGAAAAAGAAGAAACUUUAAAUACAGAUCGAGAAGUUAACGAGGAUUCGAAUCUUACUGAGCAACAGCCGGCAGAAAAGGACCAAGAAUCGUAUGAUCCUUCGACUUCAACGGAGCCAUUCGUUUUCAAUUCUGGAAUGCGAGUAGAUGAUUCCACAUUCCAAACAGCGGCAGCCGCUGUGUUAGCAGAAUUGGAAAGACGCGUCGCGGAAGUUCAGAAGCUCCCUACUCCGGAAAUCAAGAAAUAUCUUGGAGAAUUGACACCAUCGCCAAAAGCAAACAGGUCGUUGCAGCCCGAAGAGGCAAGCGAAGGAUUGACACCAAGUCGAUUUGACAAACUUCAUAAAAAAAAUUUUGACAAAAUGCCAUCUAUUAUUAAACAUUAUGCUGCACAAAGAAGAAAAGCAGAAGAUGAAUCGGAAGUCUCUCCAAUAAAAAAAAAGAAAUUGAUUCAUUCUACAAAUGAACAAGAUUUUGCGAAAACUUCUCAACCAAUCUACAAACACGAGGAAAAGAGUACUGGAAAAACCAACGAAUCUUUAUUACAUCGACCAUCUGGCGUCAACAAUAAUAGAAAACCAAAAGUGACAAGCGUCACAAGAUCGGGAAUCACGGCUCGUUUAGCAACCUUUGGUUUUGAUUCAAGAUUGAGAAAGCCGUCAAACUAUAAUAUUGCACAUGCAAGUUCAAAUAAAUCUGAGGCGGCUUCGACGCCGACAUCUAUUUCUAUGAAACAAAAUAAGGAACUUGAAAAGAGAAAAGAUGUUAUUGAGAAAAAAAGAUCAAUUCCAAACAAGCCUCAAAUAAGAAAUCCGGGUUCAAGUCAUCAAAUACCUGUCCAAGGAAUUACAAAUUCUGGAUUCAAUUCAAAGGUCAAACCUCCUCCACGCUUAGAUACUUCAAAAAAAUCUUCUCAACCAAAAAUCAUUGAUAAAGCAACUUCUCGGCCGUUUUUCUCGCGCCAAAUAUAUCAAAAAACUACUACAUCAGCACAACAGUUAACACAAGGAGAAGUCAAGAACGAACUUGCAUCUAAAAUCCAAAAAAAAUUCAUGAAAUCUCAUAAAUCACAAACGCCAUCAUUCUCUCAAAAGAAAGUCAAUAAGGAUAAAAAAUGA